AUGUCUUCCAAGCAUCGAUUGACAAGAUCAUUCCGAACGUUGUCUGCACUGCUCUAUAUUCUGAACAUUGUAGUCUCGGUCAGAUUCACCCGAACUCUAGGCUACCUGGAUGUAUUGGUUGGGUCCCUCGUUUCGGUAGCAUGUUUGAUCAUGCUUUUUGUGGCUAUUGAAGCCCCAACACCAGUAGUUACACGUCUUGAAAGGUCGAGAAUUGGGGAGAAUCUCUUUACGUUUCGUGGGCGCUAUAUCAUGGACCUUCUCGUUUCCCUUUUCUUGUUUGCCAUGGGAGUAUACGGAGUGAUAAUGGGAAUCUGCACAUUGGUCCUGAUCUUUGGUAUUCGAUUCUUGGGAGUCAAGCAACCGGACGCCUUUAAUGAAAUCUUUCGCCAAUCGGACUUUGACGCAAACAACUCGGCGACGGAUUCUUACACUCUUGAAGAUACCUAUGACACUGAGGCCAAUUCACGGUAG